GUCAGGCGUCACGUGACCCGAGAGUGCGGAAGUUUUGAGCCUGAAAGACCGAGCGCCUUCAAGCAGCUGAACGUCUGCGCUUUUUGACACAUAAAUGGUCAGGAUGACUCAGAAACGUUACCUGGAGGGACAGGUGUACUCUGUGCCGCUGAUCCAGCCGGAUCUGAGGAGAGAAGAGGCUGUGCAUCAGAUCACUGAUGCGUUACAAUACCUGGAAACCAUAUCAACAGACAUCUUUACUAGGGUGUCUCAGAGCGUGGAGAAGAACCGUGCACACCUUCAGUCCGUCACAGACCGGAUCAAACUGGCUCAGGCCAGAGUCCAGAAGAUCAAAGGAAGCAAGAAAGCCACAAAGGUGUUCUCCAGUGCCAAAUACCCCGCUCCAGAAAAGCUGCAGGAAUAUUCGUCCAUCUUUACAGGUGCAGUAGACCCCGCCUCCCAAAAGCAGCCCCGCUUUAAAGUUCAGAGCAAACUCCGCCCACUGGAUGACAAGGCUCUGCAGGAGAAACUGAUGUAUUUGCCAGUAUGUGUAAAUGCUAAGAAGCGCUCUGAGGAUGAGACAGAGGAGGGUUUGGGAAGUCUGCCGAGAAAUGUCAACUCAGUCAGCUCCUUAUUGCUGUUCAACACAACAGAAAACCUCUAUAAGAAAUAUGUGUUUCUUGACCCUCUGGCGGGCGCCGUGACUAAAACACACACCACUCUAGAGACGGAAAAGGAAGAUAAACCGUUUGACGCGCCGCUGUCGAUCACCAAGAGAGAGCAGCUGGAGAGACAGACUGCUGAGAAUUAUUUCUACGUGCCAGACCUGGGACAAGUGCCUGAGAUCGAUGUGCCAUCUUACCUGCCUGACUUACCUGGCAUCGCUGAUGACCUGAUGUACAGCGCUGACCUCGGCCCAGGGUUCGCACCGUCUGUUCCUUCCAGCAACAGCAUCCCAGAACUUCCUUCGUUUGGCACGGAGCAUGACGAAUCUAGUGGAUCUGACUCUCAUUUUAGGCUUGAGGCCCCGCUCUCCACCUCCUCCACCCCUCCUCCACCAGAGCCGACUCGGGUAUCAGUCCCCCCUGGAACAUCCUUGGCUCCCCCUCCACCCCCACCUCCACCUAUCACAGCAGACGGCACUGAUGCCACGUCAAGUCAAGCCCCUCCCACAGGGACAGUGAAAGGAGCCCCUACUGAGGUGUUACAGCCAUCGGACGGCCGGGCCAGUCUGCUGGAGUCCAUCCGAAACGCUGGAGGUAUCGGGAAAGCGAACCUCCGCAAUGUAAAAGAGCGCAAGAUGGAGAAGAAAAAACAGAAAGAGCAAGAGCAAGUUGGGGCAGCGGUGAGCAGUGGAGACCUGAUGUCUGACCUCUUCAAUAAAUUGGCCAUGCGCAGGAAAGGUAUCUCUGGUAAGGGCCCGGCGGGUGGAGACUCAUCUGAAGCACCUGCCAGCUCCGGCAGCGCGUUCGCCAGGAUGUCAGAUGUGAUCCCGCCCCUUCCAGCGCCGCAGCAACCCACCGCAGAAGAUGAAGAUGACUGGGAGGCGUAACCAUGGCGACCCAGAGUUGAGUGCCAAAUUCGAGAUCGGAGGGCUGAAAUCCUCAUAGACGGGGUCUGGGGAUAUUGUCUCUCCAAGGAGAGCUGCGGAGUGUUAAGUGAGACGUUCGGUCUCUUAUUUUGAAACCUGAAGGUCCAUGAAUUAAGUGUAAGAUGAUGUGUUCUAUAUGUCAUUAAAGCCCUUAUAGUCUGAAAGAUUAUAUUAUUAAAGUCAACAUGACACAGAAAUUCACUAUUUGCAUUCUUCAUCAGGGCAGAUUAUUAAAUUUUUUUUUUUGCAAAUGUACAUUUUCAAGCAAAUUUGAUUACUUUAAUAUGUUUAUAAUAUUAUAUGAUACUAUUAAAGCGAUACUGUUAUACUGUCAAAUAAAAAAAAAAUCAAUAUUUUACAGAACAGCUGAAAUUUACAGUAUUAUUUAAUUUCUAAUAAAUUAAUUUCUUGGCUUUCGAACUAUAGCGCUACUAUUGCAACCAUUUAAAAAAAAAAUAACGAUUUACAAAAUACAAAAAUUUCUAUAAAUAUGGAAAAAUCCCAUCUCUGAUGCAUACUGUAGGUGAUAUUCUUCCUAGAUGAGCUACAGUAUGUAGCAGGGCACCUGGUAUCCCAUAAUGCAGUGUGCUCGUUCAUUUGAUGAAUGAACUGAAAGUGAUAUCGGCUAUUUUUAACGUAAUUUAAUUCAUAUUUUACAGACUAGCAAACAUUAAGACAACUGGAUUAACAAGGUGACUGUAAAUACAGCCUAUUAGCAUGAUUCAUUUGUGCAUAAAAAAAAUUCGCUUUUCAUCUGACAUCUCCUUCACAGAAGUAAUUAGUAAAUAUUAAUAUUACUCACUUUCACUCACAUUAUGGUUGUCUCAUGUUGACUUUAGUAAUAAUUAACUGCACUUUUUGAUGAAUAUUUUUCACUACUUGUGUGACAUCAUGAAGUUGAUGGUGAAAUAGCCUUUUUUUCUUAACGAAACAAUGUAAAAAGCGGCUUGUAUUUUUUGAUAUUAGCAUCUCUGGUAUUAGUAUCUUUAAUACAGGCAAUAAACUCUGUUGUUUUAGCCCA